AUGCCACCACCCCUCCGCAGCGGUGCAAGAAAAGUAGCUGCUCCCCUCCCCGCCGCAGAUGCCGCGGACUUGGAGUUUCUUGGGCUCUGCAUCUGCUCAGAGCCAGUCGCACCGCGAAGGCCCCGCAGACUCUCGGGCUUUCAGGCAGUCAAGCAGCACGUCCUUGCCUCCUCCGAACCCACGGAAGGCGCUCCAAGGGGCCCCCUGCGGGGGGGCGCUUUGGACCUGACGGAGCAGCUGAGCAACUUGGACGUUAGCGAAGACCCUAAGAGCGCUCGAAGGGCUUUUGGACGCGUUCCUGAGGCUUGUUUUCCCUUUUCUGGAAAGCCAGCACAGCUGCCUGCUCGAAGGGGGCGGGGGGCUGUCUUGGGCGGCUUCUUGGGAGCUCCAGCAAACCGCCUUCCUUCCCCCUGCUCCGCCGCAUGCAGCAGAGAACCCUCUGAAGCACCGAGGGCCCCUUCAGUUUCAGGGAUUUCUUUGGCUGCAUCGCAGCCACACGAUGGGGGCCCUAUGACUCCCGACUGUAUUCAUGACCCCUCGCCACGGCGCGCCGACCAGCAGCGCCUCUUUGAAAGCUCGAGGGGGAACGAGGGGGAGGGUGAGAUCAGCACUGCCGCCACGUUGCCUGCUGAGGCGUCACAGCAGCAGCUCAGGCAGCAGCGUCUGCAGAAUCCAACCGCAGUGCAAGGGGCAAACUUGCAUCUGCCACCCUCGAAGUUGGCUCCGGGGGACCUAGUGUUUGCUGGAGGCGAGAAACACGGGGUCUCCUCUUCUUUUUCUGCCCGCAUUGGGAGGUGUCUAGACACUCUUUCGUCGGUUUGCCGCUUCUCGCUGAGCGUGUCUCUGGUGGUUGUGGCCAGCGGCUCAGCAUGCUUGCUCUUUUAUUCCUUGUUAACAGACAUUAUGCUGCAGGAGCAGCAACGGCAGGCCGAGGCAGCAGCAGCAGCAGCGGCUUGCAGGCAACGCCAUCGGGAUAAUGGAUGCGAGACGCUAGACCCCAUUCCACCGUAUCUCAAGGGACCCUGCGAAGAGUGGCGCGCCUGCCUUCUAGCAGUGCCAGAAAAUCACGGCGAAACCACCAAAGUUGCUGCGCAAGUCGUCGCUCAAGUCCUUAACGCAUUCUUCCACAGCCUGCACUGGAGGACCAUUGUGGCCGUAACCGCUUUCCUCUGGCUCUUGAUCUACGCUUACAAGACUCUCCAUUAUUCUCUUUUUGUGUCUUCUGCUAGGGAACGCACCGGUUGCACCGCUUGUAUCAGCAGGGGGGCGCCCAUCCCGCCGCAGCUGGGACCCUCUCUGCAGCAGCAGUAUGCAGUCGCACUGCAACAGGAGAUGCAGCCAUAUCAGCGGCACAUGGUAUUGCAGCAAAUGGAAUAUGAAAGGGAAGUGAUGCGACAACAGAUUUUGCGAGGCAGCGCCCCUCAGCUGCUGCUGCAGAGUUUGGGAAGACAGGACGCCAUGCAGCGCGAGCUGGCUUACAUAUUGAGUGCAGAAAAGCACCAGCCGCAGCCUUUGCACUGCUCGCACUCAAACAGCGGCAUCUCUACGGGGGAAGGAAGGCCUGGGUUUUUCAGGACGCUCCUGGGCAGCUGUUUGUUCAAGUUCCUUGUCGUCCUGUGGGUAGCAUACGCUUGCGUCGUGGGCUCCAUGUACGCCAUCAAGCAGAGGCUUAUUUAG